AGAUUGUUACAGAAAGUAUUAAAAUGGCAUGUAAUUUUAGCAACAAAAUAACAGACCCUCAGCUAUGUAGUACAUAAAUAUAGCCUUCUUAUGCAAUCCAGACCCUUUAACAUUGUGCAGGAGUAUUUUAUGCUUUUUUUUUUUACUAUUUUUAUUUUUUUAAGUUGUAGCAAAGCAACAAAUGCUGAAAGGGGAAAAAACCAUUCUGCCUCCUGUAGACUCAGUUUUCUUAUGAAUAUUUUAAAUGUUUAUAGAGAAGCAGAGGCACGCAAUUGAAGGGCACAGUGUGUGUGCGAGUUUAUAUAUUUUACCUUUGUGCAUGUUUACAGAGACCGCACAGAGAUCCUUGCCAUACACACAAACAUACAAACACACACACACACACAUAGACAUUUCCAAACUAAAUAUUGGUACAGUGAGAACACAUCCACACUGCUUGUGUCACAGUGGUCGUGCUGUGACUGUGCUAAACGCUCACUGCUGAAUGCUCAGAACUGAUGAAGGUCACAGUGAGAAUAGCCGACAGCCGCCACACUCAUAUCUGCAGUCUGAUUUAGCACAAGGCCAGAGGUUCCUGCUGAGAUCAGAGCCAGGAAUUUACCACCUCCAGCUUAUCCUCGCUGCCGGCUUGGGGUCACUGCAUUACAGAUGGAUACACAGUCCUAGCUUAUUUGAGCCUGACCAGAUGUGGUUGAGAGCGCAGAGGCUGGCCAGAUGUUGCGCUGCACGGGGAGAUAAGUGAGAAGGGAACUGUUGAUGUUGGCCCAUGCUGGAGACUGGGGCUUAGUCGGCGAACUAAAACUCAAGCAGACGGGACGGAGAAUGCAUCCACGCUUCGAUGGCUCGCUCCUCAGCCCCCACCAACAGACAGAGCGGGCGUCUGCUCUAACCAGCGGAAGCAGCGGUGUUUGGGUUGGAAUGUGCCCACUGAUGGAGAGAUGGGAGAAACACAAGGGUGGAGCCGGGGAGCGGCAGGCUCGGGCUCAGCAGAAGCUCUUCACUAUGGAUGUGGAUGAGGAGGAGAACAUGAGUUCCUGCAGCACCGACGUCAAGGAAAACCGCAACCUGGACAACGUCUCCUCCAAGGAGGGGGCAAGCAUGCCCGAGCAGCUCCCCAAUGGCAGUGGAGGAGGCGGGCGCAAGCGCCCCCUGGAGGAGGGCAAUAACGGUCAUGCACACCCCAAGUUCAGGCCCAAGAAACGCAAGAAAACUCCAGGGCCAGUUCUUCCCAAGAACGCUCUCAUGCAGCUGAAUGAGAUCAAGCCGGGCCUGCAGUACAAGCUGCUCUCUCAGACUGGGCCAGUCCACGCGCCAGUCUUUGUCAUGACUGUAGAGGUGAAUGGGCAGCUUUUUGAAGGCUCAGGCCCCACUAAGAAAAAGGCAAAGCUGAACGCAGCUGAGAAAGCACUGCGCUCCUUCGUACAGUUCCCCAACGCUUCAGAGGCACAUCUGGCCAUGGGCCGGACGCUUACCGUCAACACGGACUUCACCUCAGACCAGGCUGACUUCCCCGACAUGCUCUUCAAUGGCUUUGAGACUCCUGCGCCGCCAGAGGACUCUUUUUACCUGGGCUCUAAUUCCAACGGUUCCCUAAACCCACUGGGAGAAUACCCAGUUCCCCCAGUGACUGGUACCAACAGCCUGGCCCAGGCCCCACUGCCUCCUCCUGCCACCUUCAACACAUCGUCCAGCGGAAAGAACCCCGUCAUGAUCCUGAACGAACUGCGGCCGGGCCUCAAGUAUGAGUUUGUGUCGGAGAGUGGCGAAAGCCAUGCUAAAAACUUUGUCAUGUCCGUGACCGUGGACUCACAGACCUUCGAGGGAUCAGGAAGGAAUAAGAAACUGGCCAAGGCACGUGCUGCUCAGGCCGCGCUCUCUGCUCUCUUCAACAUGCAGCUGGACCAGACACCAUCUCGCCAGCCAAUCCCCAGAGAGGGCUUACAGCUACACCUGCCCCAGGUUUUAGCAGAUGCUGUCUCGCGUCUCGUGGUAGACAAGUUCAGCGAGCUCACUGACAACUUCACGUCCCCUCACGCACGGAGGAAAGUGCUGGCUGGGGUUGUCAUGACAACAGGGACUGAUGUGAAGGAGGCCCAGGUGAUCUGUGUCUCCACUGGAACCAAGUGCAUAAACGGCGAGUACAUGAGCGACCGUGGCCUGGCACUUAACGACUGCCACGCUGAAAUCAUCGCCCGCCGCUCCCUUCUCCGCUACCUAUACAUGCAGCUGGAGUACUUCCUCAGUAACAGCAAAGAGGAGCAUGAGAAGUCCAUUUUCACCCGGUGUGAAAAACAUGGCUACCGGCUCAAGGACAACGUUCAGUUUCACCUGUACAUCAGCACGUCGCCGUGUGGAGACGCUCGCAUCUUCUCCCCACACGAGGCGGGCGUCGAAGAUCAGGGAGACAGACACCCGAACAGGAAAGCUCGAGGUCAGCUGAGAACUAAGAUCGAGUCGGGCGAGGGCACCAUCCCAGUGCGCUCCAGCAACACCAUCCAGACAUGGGACGGAGUUCUGCAGGGAGAGAGACUCCUCACUAUGUCGUGCAGUGACAAGAUCGCCAGGUGGAACGUGGUGGGGAUCCAGGGCUCACUGAUGAGCUACUUCACUGAGCCCAUCUACUUCUCGAGCAUCAUCCUGGGCAGCCUGUACCACGCUGAUCAUCUCUCUCGGGCCAUGUACCAGCGCAUUGCAGACAUCGAACACCUGCCCCAGCAAUUCACCCUCAACCGGCCCCUUCUCAGCGGAAUCAGUAACGCAGAAGCACGGCAGCCAGGAAAAGCUCCUAACUUCAGUGUGAACUGGGCAGUGGGUGACCAAGGUUUAGAGGUCAUUAACGCCACCACGGGUAAGGACGACAUGGGCCGGCCUUCUCGCCUCUGCAAGCAUGCUCUCUACAGCCGCUGGGUUCGACUGCACUCGAAGCUCUCGACCACCUUGCGGAUCAAAGUGGCCAAACCGAGCUCGUACCACGAAGCCAAGCAGGCAGCAGUGGAGUAUCACUCCGCCAAGCAGACGCUCAUCAAGGCCUUCCAGAAAGCAGGACUGGGCGCCUGGGUGAAAAAGCCUAUAGAACAGGACCAGUUCUCUCUGAGCUCCUGAAGGGGACGUAAGAGGGACAGAGCAGAGAUCUGAAUGACAUGACUACAACCAGCUGUUGAUACUUCACUUGAUCUGUGUGUGUGUGUGUGUGUGUGUGUGUGUCUGACUGUGUUGAUUUCCAGCCAAUCCACAGCCCUUUAGUCUCACUCACUUUACUCUCAUCACUCAUCCCGUCAUGGACCUGAUUCUCAUUUGUAAUGUAGUCUGUUGUUUUUUAAAAAAGUGGCAGUGUUUGGGGUCGUAACAUCAACAACGAGGGCAGAAUAGGAUACAGUGUUAUAUUUUUCAACUGGAAAAUAAAAUGUUUCUCACUAUAUUCCUGUUAAAUGGGUUAGGAUUGCUUGCAACCCAUUGUGCUCAUGUUUGGUGGCCUCGGAUUGACCACGUAGGUUUAUGCUAAUCAUGUCUCUCGUUAUUCCGACGCCAUUGCUGAAAAGCAUCCCUCUGUUUUUAACCAUCAUCCCUCUCUUUUAUUCUGUUUCUAUUUCUAAAUCAAGACUGUGUCUUUUUACCUUCAUUGUUUUUAAAGGAUCGGUAGUUUCUUUAGUGUUACUUUCCCCAUACGAUAGUUUGAAGUUAGGACUAGUCUGAAUUUAGUGAACAGCAUUUUUUCUGCAAGUCGAAUGGACUUGUGUUCUCCCCUUUAAAACUGACAGGAACUUUUUUAACAUGCUGGAAUCAAACAUUCAAUUAAACAUCCAAAAUGCAGCCAAAGUUCAUCGUUCUCAUUCAUCUUUAUGCUUUUGGUCUCAGUAACAUCUCCAUUGCAUGUUCGUAUCGUGUGCUGUGGCGCGCAUCACUCUGAACAGGUGCCCGGACUUUUUUCCGGGCAAAAUAUAGAAGACUUGAUGAUGAAGCUGCCUUCUUUUGACCAUUUUAGAAGUUUAGGCGUUUAGGUACUUUUACAGAAUGAUGUCUCGUCUUUUUUAAACUGCAUGGAGAACAUUUGCGUGUAAGGAACUAGGUUUUGUAGCUAUUGCAAUGUCGGUCAGUUCAUUUGCAUUGAUCAUUGUAAGAGCAGAUGGUAGAUUAUGAUAACACGCUGCCUCCUGAGUGGGGAAAGGCAGCGUUUCUCAGUCGUGCACGUUUAUUGUCUAAAGCUGUCUCUCUGCAUGGAAAGAGUGGACGGUUUUCAGGGGUGGCUUAGAAACAGCCCUUAUGGUUUUCAAUUGGGGCUUUUUUGUUUGUUUGUUGGUUAAAUAUUUUAGUGCCAGUGGGUUUUUUUGGCACAAAUUGUCCAUAUUGCUGAAUUCUGCUGCAUCCCUGCUACUGAGGUCUGCCUUCUUUAUGCAAGAUUCUUUUCCUGCUGUUUGUAAGCUUGUGCACUCUUUGAUUAAUGACCAACAAACAGCAGCAUGUUCAAAUGAUCCUGAAGUCAUAUUAAUAGGGGCAUGAUUUCUCUACUAAUCUGUUUUUUUUUUAACAGCAGGUUUCUUUCCCAAGUUAAAAAGGAGGCUUGCUGUUCUCAAGGCACAGACAAUGAUUUUCACUUUAUUUUCAAGGCAGCAGCUCCCUUUGAUGAAAGUGAAUAGGAAGGCCAUGGCUUUAUAUUAAAAUAAAUGAAUCAGUGAAUAUAAUUCACAUUAAAUUGCUGUUUUUCACUUCUGGAAUGCAGCAUAGUCACAUGACCUCUGCAGCCCAAACACCACUGGACUUCUGAUUCUCUCUCACAACUGUACAGAGAGAUGGUGUUACAUUUAAGUGUGUGUGUGUGUGUGUGUGUGUGUGUGUCUACACCUGCUGCUGAGCCCAACCGGCACUCUGUCGAGAUGUCAUGGCAACAGGACUUGGAGAUUGCUGUUGAAUCUUCACCAAAGAUGAUGUCUUUUUCUUUUGGUUGUUUUAAGGUGAAAAAAAGUGUAAACUUUAUUUUUUAAAAGCCGUUAUUAAUGCAACGUUCAGUGGGCAUCUUAUAACUGGUCAUCAAGGUUUUGUAUAUUCAUUUACUAAUAUAUUUUUUGUUAGUUUAACUGACUAUAUUUGUGUUUUGCAGUGAUAUGAGAGCAGCUCCUUUCUCUGUGUUUCUGUACCUGUUAGUUUACAACUGUAAAUAUUGUGAACCUCUCUGUUGUUGCCAUGGACACUCUGCAUAUAUUUCUGGUAGUUCUGAACGAGUAUCUCUCCAUCACACGUCUGCAGAAAAAAACAGAAACUUGUAUGGAAGUGGUAGUUUCUAUAACAUUGUUUUCUUUUAAUUAAAGGCAUUGUAAUGAUUUUUGUUUGACAGUGACAUUGUUUAUGUUCUGUUAGUUCAGCUGUCCUGACCCUGUACCUCAUGCACAGAUGUAGAGAGAAUGAACAAGACAGAGAUUCUGUCCUUGGAAAGCUCAAGAGUUGCCAGGUCUGUGUGACAACUAGCCUGAUACCGAAGCUCAAAACACGACCUUCCUGCUAAUAAAGUCCAAAAUCAUGAUUACCACUGAUGAACAACAUUAUCUAUGUGCAGCACACGAUGCAGUGUGUAGUGUUGCUACCUUAUAGUGCCAGUUCAAUCCUGAGCUCAGGUUACUGUCUGUCUGGAUUUUCACAAGUUCUCCCAGUGUCCAUAUCAGUUUCCUCCAGAGUCUCUGGUUUAAUCCCACCUCCCAAACAAAAAUAAAUACCUGCAGGUGGACCAGAGACUCUAAAUUGCCCCUAGGUGUGAAUGUGUGUGUGUGCAUUGUGCCCUGCAGUGGACUGGUGUAUCAUCCAAGCUGUAUUCCCACCUCACACCCCGUGUUCCUGGGAUAGGCUCUGGAUCUAGCGCGACCUUGACCAGGAUAAAGCGCUUACUGAAUGAAUUAAUUAAUAUUGUUCAAGCCAUUUUUAACAUCCAGGUCCUGGGUGGUGUUGUAUUGCUACAUAUAAUGUCCUAAGUACUGACAGCUAUGGGAAUGAGUAAAGCAAUUCACUAAUGCACAAUAAACACAUUCACACGGUGUAAGUAGUCUAUUUUUGUUUCAUAUUCUUAGUUAGUUCUUUACAACACUCCUACAAAAUAAUAAACCUGAAAGCAUCUCAAUUCUGCUGUAAAACCAGAACCACAGGCCUGGCAACCGGUUGUUUUAGCUGUUGUUGUUGUUUUUGUUUUUUUAAUGUACUUCUAUGUUUACCUUAUUUUGUAGCCCAGAGAUGAGAGUAGAGUGAUAUUUUAAUUCAGAUUUUUUUUUAUCUUUUCAAUCAUAAGCCACGCAUCAUGCUUUCAUGCCUUCCGUCUGUAGCGUACUGAUUGUCAAACCUGUACUUCACACACUUCUACUGUUCUCUGUCAACUACCCAAGAUGUCAAUGGAUGAUGUCAUGAAUACAGUCCCAACCAAGGCAGGACUUCCUUUUUUUUUUGUUUUUUUUUGUUUUUUUUUUAAAUUGUUCUGGACCUGGACCGUGUUUCAGUCGAGUCAUGACUCCUGACGUGUGACUCAGUGCUCUGGUUCUGGUCAGCCCUGUUCUGAGAGUGUUGUGAUUAGUUGACUGUACAGUGGGGUACGGUGGUGCUGUACACUGCCUCCUCCUGCGUGUCCUCUGUAAAAUCCAUACACAGGCCACCUGCAUGAGCUCCUCCACUGAAGCUGCACCCAGCAUGAUGACUAUAAAAGGACUUGUAUGUAGAAAAAACAUAGAUCUAUAUAUAAAGGAGAAAAAAAUAAACAAGAUAUUAGUUUACCUUUGUA